CUGUCCGGGCUGGGUUCUAGUCGGGCUGGGUUCGAGUCGCUCCGCGGCUGGGACCUGAUGCAACUGAUCGGCCGGGGGCUGGAAGGAGGAAGAGAGAGUGAGAGACGCAUUGCACUGGAUGCAGAUUUCUCUCUUCCAGCAGGAGUUUUAUCAAUGCUUCCAGUCCCGCGGAUUGCAAAACUCAAACCCAGGAAGCGGGCUCUCUCGGGCUGGUAGUGCAGGGGCAGCGAGAGACGUUGCAUUGGAAGGACAUCAUUGCGAGGCCACUGUUUAAAGAGCUCCGGCGGCGGCGAUGCCGGAGAAGCGGAUCUCCCGGUGGUAUUUUGGAGGGUUGGCGUCGUGCGGGGCGGCCUGCUGCACUCAUCCUCUGGACCUGCUCAAGGUUCACCUUCAGACCCAGCAGGAGGUGAGGAUGAGGAUGACGGGAAUGGCUCUGCACGUUAUCCGGAACGACGGGAUCCUGGCCCUCUACAAUGGCCUGAGCGCCUCGCUGUGUCGACAGCUCACCUACUCGCUGACCCGGUUUGCCAUUUACGAGACGGUGAGGGACCGGUUGGCCGGAGGCAGCUCGAACCCACUCCCCUUUUACCAGAAAGUUCUCCUGGGAGCCUUUGGAGGAUUCACAGGGGGAUUUGUCGGCACACCGGCUGAUAUGGUGAACGUCAGGAUGCAGAAUGACGUCAAACUUCCAGCCGACCUGAGGAGGAAUUACAAGCACGCACUGGAUGGGAUUUACCGCGUCUUCCAUGAAGAGGGUGUGAAGAAGUUGUUCUCCGGAGCCACGAUGGCAUCGAGUCGAGGAGCCCUCGUCACGGUGGGGCAGUUGGCCUGUUACGAUCAGGCGAAGCAGCUUGUCCUCAGCACCGGUCUCCUGGCCGACAACAUCUUCACCCACUUCCUCUCCAGUUUUAUCGCGGGCGGCUGUGCCACAUUCCUCUGCCAGCCGCUGGACGUUCUGAAGACCAGGCUCAUGAACUCCAAGGGAGAGUACCGGGGUGUGUGGCACUGUCUGCUAGAGACUUCCCGACUGGGACCUCUGGGCUUCUACAAGGGCUUUAUCCCCGCCGCCAUCCGCCUGGUGCCCCACACCGUGCUGACCUUCGUCUUCCUGGAGCAGCUGAGGACGCACUUCGGGGUCCUGGUGCCGGCCUGAGACCAGGACCCCCAACCACCCCCCCCCCCCCCCCCCCCACCACCCUGGCUCUCUGCCCCAGGACAGGCUUGACAAUUCCCAGCAAUAAAGUUAACAUGACAAGGUGGUCUUCCCCUGGGUUAGGUUGUCAGGGUCUUGGGCCUGGGGCUGAGACGUUGGUGACCCCACCAGUGGGACCCCCCCCCCAACCCCUCCCUCCCCCCACUUCCCCUCCCCCAACUCUGUUAGCUGUCAAACCUCCCUCAACCUUCGGGCCUUGGCUCCCAAGCCUGAUGGGAUCCGACUGUGCAUCGGGAAUUGAUGAAGUCACACGUCCCCAGCUUCAGUCAGCGAGGGUGGGCUCAGUCUGUGAACCGCACCCCCCCUCCCCCUGGGGUUCCCGUUCCUUCUCCACCGAGCGGUGUGAAUACAAGGCCUGAGAGAGGUCCAACGCUUGACUCUCGUCUCCCGGGAGCUGGUCUUUGCCCCCACGUACCGGCCCAGGACCAUGAGAUGGGAAUCGAAACGCAGUGGCUGGCCUUGUCUCGGCUGUUCCUGCUCCCCUUCCCCUCGGCCCCACCCACACUGUGUGAAGGCAGAUCUGCCCUCAUUAAAUUGCUGCUCAAAGGCCUGAAUCAGGUGCUCAGGACCUCGUUAAAGAUUACUCUGGGAUAAGCCCCAGAGAAAGUAUUUUGCCACAUUGUCUGCAUUUUCCCUCUGAUUAAAGACCAAAAUAUUUUGCCACAGUGAGUGCAUCUUCCCUUUAAUUAAAGACACACAAUGAAGUCUGUGCCUUGCAUGUGUUUUGAGAUCAGGAUCAAAACUCUAGUUGUGCUUACUUGGUUGGUUGAAGGACAUUUUCAGUGUGAAAGUGCCUUAAAGGGUGCAGUUUGCUUGUAUCUUUGAACAGCCACAUGUCCAAAGCAGGCAGGAGCUACCUAAUCCGAGCACUUUGUGUUCUGUUGGACCCCUGCCCGGAACUUCCACUGAUAGAUUCAUUGAUGCCAGAGUCCCCUGUCUUGUAUUCUUCCUUCCCAUUAAUCGAUGGUUUCCUGUGUUAUCAAUGUGGAAUUCCCCCAUCCUGUACGUCUGCUUUCCAUGUUUCUCCGGAGAGACCUGGCCCCCAGCCUCUCUCCCCACCCACCCACUUGCUUAGAGGACAUGCAAUGUUCGCAAUCCCUCCCAUGCCAACUCUUCCCCACUCCGCUGGGUUUUGAAUGGGACGGGGCAGGCUGGAAGUACAGUUACCACGGCGAUGUGCGAAUGGGAAGCUCAGCGGGCUGGAGAUCCCGUGAGCGGAUGGGGCUGGCCCUUGCGCCCUGAGGCGUUCGACUCUGGGCAAGUGCACCGUCGGCUGUGGAGGCACUUGGGAUGAUGCUUGUGAAGGGAAGAUGAGGAGUGCUGGAAACACUGAGCAGGUCAGGCAGAGGGAGAAAUUGGAGUUAACAUUUCAUCUGAUGAGAGGUCAUCGACUGAAAUAGUUAAACCUGUACCUCCCUCCACAGAUGCCGCCUGACCUGCUGAGUGUUUCCAGCACUCCUGAUUUGAUUUUGGAUUUUCAGCACCUGCUGUGUCUUACUUUUCCAAGCUUGAGGAAGGCACUUUGUAGGUUCAUCCCCUCCUCGGACCUACUUAGUCUGCCAGUUCCUGCACCAUUCCCAAGUCACGGCGCACAACUCACUGACGAGGUCUGGGUCCAAUGACCAUUCUCCUGCUCUCCCUCCUCGGCCUCUGCUGCUCGACCUACCUCCAAAUUCUCUCCUGCUCUUCAUUUUUUCCCUUUUAAAGCCCUUUAUAAUUUGGAACACUUCCAUCAGAUCACCUCUGAACCACCCGAGCUUUGAGGAGAAUGAGCCCCGGUCUCUCCGUGGCCUGUGUGGAACUGAACCCGGGGACGUCUGCGCCUGGUGUUGAGGAGGUGGGUAUGGGUGUGGUGGGCCGAAGGGCCUGCUUCUAUGCUGUACGUCUCUGACUCUCCGCUGUUGGCCAGGACCUGGAAUCACAGAACAGUACUGGACGGAAGGAGGCCAUUCUGCCUGUCGAGUCUGUACUGGCUCUACGUGAGAGCAGUCCAGUUAUUCUCACUCCCCUGCCCUCUCCUUAAAGCCCUGCAAAUUCCUUCCCUUUUGGAUACCCAUCCAGUUCCCUUUGAAUCCCCUGGAGCCUCCUGUCACUAAGCCAACCACUGUGUAUAAAACGAAAGAUACUCCUGCAACUUAGGGACCCUUCCUCCAAUGGGAACUGUCUCUUUGUGUCUGGAUCCUUCACGAAUUAAACACCUACAUUAGAUCUCCUCUCAGCCUCCGCAGUUCCAAGUAGAAUGGUUGGACUCUGGAACGCAUGGCUUGAGGGGGUGGUGGAGGCAGAUACAAGAAGUAUCUGAACGAGCACCUGGAUCACCAAGGUCUAGAAAUCUAUGGACCAAGGGCUGGUAAAUGGCAUUAGCGUGGAAGGUAAUGUGGUUUGCAGGAACGUGGGCAGGAAAGCCUGUUUCUGUGCUGUAUAACUCUAUAAUCACAACCUCAGAGCUAAAGAACCUCACCUAUUUAGUAAAUCUCCUCUGCACCCUCUCUAAAGGCCUCGCUGUCGUAAAGUGUGGUGCCCAGAACUCUGGGGAAGCUUCCACUCUGGAAAAAAUGUGUAUUUUUUCUAAUCCAUUGAGUGAAGGCCUCAGAUUCACGUCUGUUCCCAGUGACAGCACCUCAGAGCCUGCCGCACUCCCUCAGUGCCGUGCUGGGGGAUCAGCAGCGUUUCUGAGCGGGGACUUGAACCGUCCGCACUCUAACUGAGGAUCCCAAGGUCCUGUUUCACAGUGCUGGUCAGUUCAGGCAGAAAUGUGGGAGCGUGGUCACAUUAACCGGGCAGGGGAGCUGGUUUAAGCCCAUGUUUUCAGCAUCUUUUGAGCUCGGGGCACCGGCACAGAUGGGGACCUGAGUGCAGAAAUGUUUAAUUCCUAAUUUGUAAUUAAGAUUAAUUAAUUAAUUGCAAUGUUUUUGUGUGCUCAGUGUAAGACUGACAAAUUCAAUGUCAAUAAUAGGAAUAUAUUUUGCAAUAAAGUUCAUGUUAAAAUGG